UGACACAUCUGGUACCGCUUUCACGAAUCACGAAAAUAGAAGUUUUGUUACAGAACACAGAUGAAUUGGUUUGCAACUUUGGCUGUGUCCUCACCGUCUCUUCUUGUCCAUCUCACACUCUCUGCUAAUAAGUUCCCAACAGUAACGGUCACUUUUCCUCCAUUCCCCCAUAAGGCCCUCCCAUCUUCCCCAGUUAAUAAAUUAACCAAACGGCUAUAUUCCCUUCUCUCUAUUUCUCGUUCUCUCGAAAAACCCAACGCCAAUUUCACUUCGUAAAUUAACUCUACCCUCAGCUGCUCUCUCUCUCUCUCUCCCCCAAAAUGCACAAAGGCUUAGCUUUCUGCCUCCUCCUCUCACUCUCGAUCUGCAACUUGAUCCCGCCCUCCAUGGCCAGGAACGGCGUCGUUACCAUGGAGCUGUGGUGCGUGGCGAAGAACAACGCCGAGGAUGCCCAGCUGCAGUCGGCGCUGGACUGGGCCUGCGGAGCUGGUGGGGCUGAUUGCAGCCCAAUCCAGCAAGGUGGGCCCUGCUACGACCCCACCGACAUCCAAAACACCGCAUCCUACGUCUUCAACGACUACUUUCUAAAACACGGCAUGACCGACGAAAGCUGCAACUUUGAUCACACUGCCGCUCUCACUUCUUUGAACCCCAGUUAUAAUAAGUGCAAAUUCCCAUCCAGCUUGUCAUCGACCAAUGCAAGCCUUUCAAGUCCAUCAACAGCGUAUGGAAUGGGGCCCAGUGAAGAUCUCAACGGCAGCAAUCAGAUUUCUCAGCUAUGGAUUUGGCAUCUCAUGACCAGUCUUCUGCUCAUUGCAUUUUCAUGGGUAAUGGGUUAGCCCCUUUUUUUUUUUUUUUUUUUUUGGUUACAUGACAAUUCUACACCUAGGAGAUUAUUAGGUCAGCAAAAAUAGAAUUAGAUUGCUUUCGAUUUUGUUAUCUGUGUGAGCUUUUUGUAAUUUGGUUCACAAAAUCAAGCAGAUCAAUAUAUUUUAUGUCAUUUUUUUGCCAACUAAACCAAA